CAUUCGAACGUUGUCUGGAUAGAGGAGUUGACGAGCUGUUUGCUUACCUUAACCGCGGGGUACCCGUUGUUUAGUUUUCUCACAUUUUUAGAAACUUUUUGAUGACGUCCGGCCUGAUCGAGAGGCGAGUGAUUAG